GCCCGGAGGAGGAGUCCGACAUUGAGCGCCUCGCGCCCCAGAUGCAGGACACGCUGCGCCUCGCGGUCGGGCUGCCCCUGGUGCUCUUGCUCCACGGCUUGGCCGUGGCCCCUGCCGUCCUCGCCCUCGAGGCCCUCCACGAGUGGUGUGGCGAUCGGCGGGCGAUGUGGUGGCUGCUGGCGCCAGUGCUGUUCCGGCACCUGACGGCCUUCAGCUUCGUGGCGCUCACGGUGCUGCAGAAGCGCGCCGUGGUGGGCCGCCUGGGGCCCGGGCCGCUGCCGUCGAAGGAGCAGACCUGGGCGAGCCAGUGGGACGCUUUCCGCUCUUGGCUGCACGAGCAAGCCAUCAGCGCUCGCAUGUACGACACGGCCGCAGACAUGCUCGUGGGCACAGAGGGGCUGAGCGUUAUCUACCGUCUUCUCGGCAUGAAGGUCGGCCGUCGAGUUCAGAUCGACAAUUUCUUCUGUGCGGACCCAGACUGCGUCAUCAUAGAAGACGACGUUGUCUUCGGUUCCGUGGUGUCGGUGUGGUGCCAGAGCGACGAUGCCAGAGUGGAGGUCCGGUUUCACCGGGGAUGCAAUGUCCUGGACCACUGCUGCGUCUUGUCCGGCAGCCGGAUCGGCGAGCGUGCGGUGCUGGGCUCUGCCACGUUGGCACCGCAGGAUGGCUACUUCCCACCAGAGAGCAUCAGCACGGGCCAGGUUGGAGGAAAGCCCGUGCGGCUGCGAUUCCAGGCCGCCUCAGAGGAGGCGUCGGCCAACGAGCGCGAAGCGAUGCGCCGCCUCAACUCGGACGUGCAGUUCUGGGGGUUCAAUAUGGUGCUCGCUGGCUGCGCGCUGGUUUGCGCCCCCCUGCCUCAGUAUGUCUGGCUGGCCACAUAUGCGCUGCAUGGUUGCGUCUCUGGGUCUGCUGGCUGGUUGAUUGCACUGGCCGUUCUCCCGAUCGUCUUCUUCGCAGUGAAUCUUUCCACGUUGUGUUUGAACUGGGCCCUCAAGUGGUGCUUGGUCGGAAGGUACGAGGAAGGAGAUUACGCGUUCUUCAGCCGCUACCACAUCAUCUGGAUGGCGAUGCUUAUCAUUGCGGGCGCCAUGGAGGACACGCUCGAUGCGUUGGCCGGAACCCUGUUCAAAGCCUGGUACUACCGUGCUAUGGGGGCUACCGUUGGAAAAAACUGCUGCCUGUUCGGCCUCGCGUUCGAGUACGACCUGCUCCACAUCGGAGACUGCUCCUCGGUCGGCUGGGAAUGCGACACGACCUGCCACACGGUGGAGAACAUGGUGAUCAAGUUGGUGCCCACGUACCUGGGGGCUUACACGUCCAUGCUGUCCCACUCGAUGGUGAGCCCGGGCGCUGUCACGGGCGACGGGUCCGUCGUGCUCGAGAACAGCCAGGUGCUCAAGGGCGAGCAGGUGCCGCCCGACGAGGUCUGGGCCGGCCUGCCCGCCACGAGCUGCGGCCGCGCCGGCGCCGCGGCCGUGCCGCCGGGCCCCGAGCUGUUCGGCCCGCAGGACGCCGACGAGCCGCCGAGCGUGGGCGGCGGCCCCGGCGCGGGCGAGAUCGGGCUGAGCGCGACCCAGCUCGCCGAGGGGCCUUCAGUGGAGGAUCGCCGCGGGUUGGCCGCGCUGGAGGUAUCGGCGGUGGUGGCCUUCCCGGGCGCCAAGGAGUCUCCCCGCUUCCUGGUGGAGCGGACGCCACAGGGCGCGCUGCGCCUGUGGUGCAUCAGCGACGACGGCAGGCGGCUCCAGGGACGCCUGAGGGUGCGGAGGAGCGGCGAGGUGGACCUGGAGGGGAAGGGCGGGCGCUUCGCGCAGUUCGUGGCGAGCGCGGAUCCCGAGGGGGACCCCGGCAGGGUGGCUCUGCAGGGCGUGGGCACCGGGCGGUGGCUGUGCGUGGACAGGGACAUGCGAUUCGCCAGCAGCGCCGAGAGGAGCACCGUGGCCCUGCAGCAGCUGUGUGCUUCCUCCCAGGUGCUCCUGGACGUGGCGAACAGGGCCAAGCGGCGCUUGGAAGAGCAGCGACUUUAUUUCGAGCACAGGCGGCAGCAGGCCGCGUAUGCGGCGGCGACAGGCAGCGAGCGGCUUCUGAAGGGCAAGAGCAAGGGCAAGGGCAAGGGCAAGAGAGACGCAGACAACCCUGCUGGCGCUCUUGGCCUCAGAUUUCGUAAAGGUGGCAAGGCUGGCGGCAAGGGCAGCUCGUGAUAUUCUUUGAGAGAGGACCCAGCCUGUUUGGGCGCAGAGCUCGAAGAGAAUGAGGCAUGACAUGAUAUUGUGUACGUAGCUGCGUGCUGUUUGGUCAGGCGGAGAGGCAUUGUACAGUAGCCAUGUGGUCUGACCAACUCAGGACUCACAGAAGUCGCCCCGCAAAACAC